AUGGAGGCUAAAAAUAUUAAAAAAGUCAAGGCCAAAUGGAUGUGGUUCCAUUCUUGUGGCUUAGAGCUUAGCAGCAGCCAUUGUCAUGAUACACCCGCAACAAUUCCACUACCACAAAUGUCGAAUGUUGUCGUAAACGUUUUGACGGUAUCGCACUUCCAUACAUAUGAGUUAAAUACUAAAUAUCCUCGAAAGCACACUGUCAGGACACGAGAGUACGAUUACCAAGCUAAAUGCUAUAAAGCAUUUGCACAAUAUAAAACCACUGAAACUGAAACUAAAGCAAGGACAUCAAGUGAGAAUCCAACAACAGCAACAGGAUUUGAAAUUGAAAUUGAAACCAAGACCGAAACUGAAACUGGAACUGAUGCUGAUGCUGAAGCUGAUGCUGAAGCUGAUGCUGACGCUGACGCUGAAGAUGUGAGGAAAUGUGAAGAAAAUAAUUGCAAAAUUGCGAAUGCCAAGCAACAAUUGCAAUUCGUACAAAGAUAUUUUUGGCAUAUAACAGACCUACACUUGGAUACGAUUUACAGCACACAGGGCGAUGUUUUGCGUAGUUGUUGGCGCAUCGACCGACAGGCACCAAGCUCAUCCAACCGCUCGCCAGGUCGUUUUGGCGAUUACCUCUGCGAUAGUCCUUGGAGUCUAAUUGAGUCAGCUGCCAAAGCUAUGAAGUCACGACAGGGCGACAAUGUGGAAUUCGUUUUAUGGACAGGUGAUGGUUUAUCACAUUCAUCACAUCCGCUUUUCGAAACGAAGAAACUGGAAAUUAUGCGCAAUAUCACAGACUUGCUGGGUCGUACAUUCUCCUCACAAUUUGUGUUUCCGGUCUUGGGACAUGAGGAUGGCACAACUACAAAUUUCCGACAUAUGGGCGAACUCUGGCGACACUGGCUGCCAACUGAAGCGCUGCAUACAUUCGAAAAGGGUGGUUACUAUUCGAUUGAGCAGACGAAGAGUCGUUUACGUAUAAUAGCACUGAAUACAAAUUUCAUGAGACACGAUCCAAAAUAUUCCCAAAGCCAUUUGGCAGCUGUCAGGCAACGUACACCGCCCAAUACAAUGAUGGGUGGUCCGGAGACGCCCGAAUAUAAAAAUUACUACUAUCAUCAUGGCACAUUGCACCAACAUCACAGUCAUUCUGGCGAUUGGUCAACGGGUUAUGGCUAUAAUGCACAUCAUCGUGGUAUUAGUGCAAUACCAGGCACCAUUGAUGGCAGCAAUGGUGGACGUGUUAGUGCAUUAUCAGAAUUUGAAAAUCAAGAUACUGAGAAACAGUGGAUCUGGUUAGAAGAUGUUUUAUCAAAAUCUAAAAAUAACAAAGAAUUGGCAAUCGUGCGCAUCGUUUGUCAUGGCAAUGAAUGCGGUUUAAAUGUGGAAGCAGAAGCAGAAGCAGAAACAGAAGUGGAAGUGGUCGUGGAAAUGGAAAUAGAAGAAGUGAAUAUGGAAGUGAAGGAGGUGGAUAUGGAAGUGAAGGAGGUGGAUGUGAAAGUGGUAGUAGCAGUGGCAGGGUCGAAGUUGAAUCUGAAGCUGAAGCUGAAUCUGAAGCCAACGGCAGUGGCAAUGGCAUAUGCCAAAUAUACUUUUAAAUGUGAAUGUGUUUAA